CGCAAGAUGGUGGCAGGUAUUUCGUGAAUGCCGCAAAACAACAUCGAAGAACAGAAAGGCGGAAGUUGAGGCCUCGACGAUGACAGAAAAAAAACUGCUAGUUCGUUUACUUUUAGCCGCUAAAAGACAAAAUUGCAAAAAGGGUGACUAGUGGCGGGUUUAAAGAAGGAUGGCGUCAUACAAGGAGCAAUUUUUGCGAAGAGAAGAGAACGAACGACAACAGCAGGACGCCAUUUUCUUGUCUCCUACGGUAUUCAACAUUCAAGAUGUCCAGCAGCUAAUUAUAGGUUGUUCCAGUUCUGAGAAGGAGCAGCACCUUCUUGUUAAAGAGGAAGAGGAGGGUCCACAGCAUCCCUACAUCAAAGAGGAAGAGGAGGAGGCUGACGUCAGCAAGUUGCCAAUGACUGUCGUUGUCGUCGUGAAGAGUGAAAAUGACGAAGACGAAGCACCCGAGUUGCCACAGCUUCAUCGUCACAGUCCAAGUGGAGACCACCGCAGAGGACAUCACAACCGCUCGGCUCCUCUCUCACAGAGCAAUGACACGGAUGAUAUGAGCGAUACAGUCUGUGAAGGUGACUUGAAAUGCUCUGAAAAGAAAACAAGUUUUAACAACGAGAACAUUUCUCAAACACGCAGGAGACGUCGCACACGGAAAGAACAUUUUAGCUGCUCAGUUUGUGGUAAAAUGUUUCCUUAUGAGAGUAGUUUGAUUGAACACAUGCAAACUCACACAGGAGAAAAACCCUUUCGCUGCUCAGUUUGUGGUCAAAGUUUUUCUCGAAAAGGUAAUAUGAACGUACACAUGAGAAGUCACACUGGAGAAAAACCUUUCAGUUGCUCAAUUUGUGGUGAUGAGUUUGCUCAGAAGGCCUCUUUGGUGGCACACACAGCGACACACACGGGAGAAAAACCUUUCACUUGCUCCGUUUGUGGGAAAAGCCUUUCUUAUAAGCAUGGUUUGAAAUCACACAUGCUGACGCACAUGGAAGAAAAACCUUUUAGUUGCUCAGUUUGUGGUGACAGUUUUUCUUACAAGCAGAGUUUGAAUUUACACAUGAGACGACACACAGGAGAAAACACUUUCACUUGCUCAGUUUGUGAUAAAUGUUUUUAUGAUGAGCACGGUUUAAAAGUACACACGCAGACACACACAGGAGAAAAAGCCUUUGUCUGUUCCAUUUGUGGUGAGAGUUUUUCUCGAAAAGGAAAUAUGAAUGUACAUAUGAGAAGACACACUGGAGAAAAACCUUUCAGUUGCUCAAUUUGCGGUGAUAAAUUUGCUCAGAAGGUCUCCUUAGUUGCACACACAGCAACGCACACGGGAGAAAAACCAUUCACUUGCCCAGUUUGUGGUAAAAGCUUUUCUUAUAAGCACGGUUUGAAAUCACACAUGCAGACACACACGGGAGAAAAACCAUUUAGUUGCUCAGUUUGUGGUGACAGUUUUUCUUAUAAGCACAGUUUGAAUAUACAUAUGAGAAGACACACAGGAGAAAAACCUUUCACAUGCUCAGUCUGUAAAAAAAGCUUUUCGCAUAAGCACGGUUUGACAGCACACAUGUGGACGCACACAGGAGAAAAACCUUUUAGUUGCUCAGUAUGUGGCAAAAGCUUUUAUAAUAAGUAUGACUUGAAUCUACACACAAGAACACACACUGAAGAAAAACCUUUUAGUUGCUCGGUUUGUAGUAAAAGAUUCGCUGUCAAGCAAAACAUGAUUCGACACACGAAAAGACACUCGGGAGAAAAAGCUUUUACUUGCUCACUUUGUGAUAAAAGCUUUUCGAGCAAGUCUGAUUUGAAUAGACAUGUGAACACACACAACAGAAAAACCUUAUAGUUGCUCAAUGAGGUGUUUUUGGCUCGACAAUUGGAGGUGGAAACCUAAACAUCUGUCCUUCAAAAUGUUUGGCGGGAUGCGUAGGCUUGGUGACACUGUGACAGCCACAAUAAGCUGUCUCCUAAACUCUGCAAAACUUCAACUUGUUAGGUUUCGGAGUAUACGGAAUCCAUGCUAUGUGCUCUUCUGGUUUUUCGGGGGCGGAGGUGCGGCCCCCUUUCAAGUAGUUCUGUAUUUGUUCUUGUUCCCUCUCGCUAUCGAUAAAAUUAAUGUUUAAAUCAGACGCUUUAUUUCCUCAUUUCACAUGCACGGACAAACAGGAAUUUACAAAACACCCCAUGAUGUUGUUGUUUGUCAUAUGUAGCCCUUUUUCAAAGAAAACAUGAACAUAAUUGACUAUUUCAAGGAUAAGACUUAUGAUCUGUUCCAGUAUUUUAUAAAUGAAGUUUGCUAUGAGAAGAAU